AUGUCAAAAGAGGAAGUUAUAAUUUUGGAUUGUUCGCUCAGCCCAUUUUGCAAUAGGGUUAAGAUUGCUUUGAAUGAGAAGGGAGUGAGUUAUGAGAGUAAGGAAGAGGAUUUGUUUGGUUUCAAAGGUGGGAAAAGUGAGUUGUUGCUCAAAUCUAACCCUAUUUAUAAGAAAGUGCCUGUUCUCUUGCAUAAUGGUAAGCCAUUGAAUGAAAGCUCCAUUAUUGUUAGCUAUAUUGAUGAGACAUGGCCUUCUUCUUCCCCACUUCUUCCUUCGUUGCCCUACGAAAGAGCUCAAGCUCGGUUCUGGAUUGACUACAUCGACAAAAAGGUAUUUGAUGUGGGUUCGAAGAUUUGGAAGAGCAAUGGAGAAGAGCAAGAAGAAGCCAAGAAACAGUUGAUAGAGAUUUUGAAGCAAUUGGAGGAAGCUUUAGGGGACAAAGAUUUCUUUGGAGGUGAAAAGUUUGGGAUUGUGGAUGUGAUUUUAAUUCCAUUCACAAGUUGGUUCUAUACUUAUGAGAAAGUUGGGAACUUCAAAGUGGAAGAAUGUUGCCCUAAAUUCUCAGCUUGGGAAAAGAGGUGUUUGCAAAAGGACACUGUUGCAAGUGUUCUUCCUUGCCCUGAGAAGAUUUAUAACUUUAUAACCUCCAUGAGAAAGAACCUUGGACUUGAAUAGAGAAGCACACACAUAUAUAUGUAGUAUGUAUCAUGGUAUGUGUGCUUCUCAUAUUCAAUGACAAAUUUGGCUCUGUUUUAGGGCAUAAGAUAUGAUUGUUGUUUUCAAUUUCUAUGUUUUGUUUUUUUAGUGUUAUCUUAAUUUUGUGUCGAAGAAAGUGGUAGUGGGCUUUCAAGAAUUUGAGAUUGUGAAGCUUAUGAUUGUGAGUUGGGUGUGCUUUUGAAUAUUUAAUAGUUGGAUGAAUUGAAAUUGUGUGUGUGUGUUUUUUUUAAAUAUUUGUUCUUAGUAAUUUAACUGCGAUUAUAUCUAA